AUGUCGCCAGCUGAAGACAAGAGCGAGCCCGUUGGCGAGGUUGACUUUGGCGAUAACAUCGACAUGGCCACUUUCGAGCAAAUUCUGGAGAUGGAUGAGCCAGGCGACACCGAGUUCAGUUCGUCCAUCGUGUUCGGCUUUUUCGAGCAGGCAGAGGAGACGUUCGACCAGAUCAAGGAAGCACUGGAGAAUGAAGAACUUGAGACAUUGUCUUCUCUUGGUCACUUUCUCAAGGGUUCAUCAGCGACGCUGGGACUCAUCAAGAUCAGGGACGGAUGUGAAGCGAUCCAGCGAUAUGGCAAGAAUGAGAACUUGGACGGCUCUUCACUACCGGACGACGAGAAGUGCCUAAAGCUCAUUGGCGACUAUUUCAAGGCUGUUAAGGAAGACUACGCCACGGUGGAAGCCCUCCUGAGGCAGUAUUACGAGCAAAAGGAAUAA